AAAAAGCAUGGCUAACAAGCCGACGCGCGAUGUGAUCGGCAUUAUCUUCCAAAACUUUUGGAAGUCCUUGCGGCCGCGUCAGUUUCGUGGGGAUUACAUUGGGGAGGACUAUUUCGGCAAUAAGUACUUCGAGAUUCCGGCGAAUCCUUCGAUUGGAAAAAGGAAGCCCUCCCGGUGGUUUGAGCCAGCGGACAAAGAAGCCUUUGACCAGGAGCUGACCGCUGAGUGGGAGGCGUGGCUGCGAGGCCGUCGCGAUGAACCGCCCACUCGCGAGGAGCUGGUUAAGAACCUCCAGAUCAUGGACAUGAAGAAGCGGAAUGCUGCCGAGCUGGAGGCUACCUACUCCAAGAGCAAGGACGACAAGGCGCUUCCCAAACAGGUGGACGGACCAACAAUCGGAAGCUUCCCCAAGUACAAGGAGUACGAGUUUAUUCCCGGCAAAGAGCCGCCCGAAAAGUAACUUUUGCUUUGGUAUUUUUAAAGAAUUUAAUGUUUAAAUAUAGUUAAAUGAUCUUAAAUGUUC